AUGGGUUCGCAAGCGGGAUACACGCAGCCGCCUAUCCAGGUCUCCUUUGACGGCUUCCUGUUUGACAUGGACGGAACGAUUAUCGACUCGACAUCGGCCGUUGUCAAGUACUGGCGGGCCGUGGGAAAAGAGAUUGGUGUAGAUCCCGACACGAUUCUCGAGACGUCUCACGGUCGUAGGAGUAUAGAUGUCCUCAAGAUUCUCGCCCCGGAAAAGGCAACGAUAGAAUACGCUCAGGAAAUGGAAGGCCGCCUUCCCCGCGACUACUCCGACGAAGCCGUCGAGAUCCCGGGAGCACGAUCCAUGCUGGACAAGCUGACCUCCCUCUCGGCACCGUGGACCAUCGUCACGUCAGGCACGAUACCCUUGGUGACGGGCUGGCUAAAGGUCAUGUCGCUGACGACGCCGGAGCACCUCGUGACAGCCGAGUCGGUGUCCCAGGGCAAGCCCGACCCGGGAUGCUACCUCCUGGGCAGGGAGAAGCUGGGUCUCCACGAGAGGUCCAACGACAUUCUGGUCCUGGAGGACGCCCCCGCGGGCAUCAGGGCCGGCAAAGCCGCCGGGUGCAAGGUGCUGGGCCUGGUGACGAGCCACACGGUGGAUCAGGUGGUCGAGGCCGGACCUGACUGGGUCGUCCAGGACCUGUCUUCCGUCCGGGUUGUGGGUAAGGAGGGGGGCAAAGUGAUGAUUGAGAUAUCACAUUCGCUCAAGAUGUAG